GCCGCGCGCCGUUAUAUAAACUCAGCCUGGCCCUUUCCGCAGCAAUUCUGCCUUCAUUCUCCGAGCCUUAACGUCGGUCUGAAGGAAAAUCUGACAAAAUGCGUGAAUGUAUUUCCAUGCACGUCGGCCAAGCCGGAGCCCAGAUGGGCAAUGCAUGCUGGGAGUUGUAUUGCCUGGAGCAUGGGAUCCAGCCAGAUGGUCAGAUGCCCAGUGACAAAACCAUUGGAGGAGGCGACGACUCCUUCAACACUUUCUUCAGUGAGACUGGUGCUGGAAAACAUGUCCCAAGAGCAGUCUUUGUCGAUCUGGAGCCCACUGUCAUUGAUGAGGUGCGCACAGGUACCUACCGCCAGCUGUUCCACCCUGAGCAGUUGAUCACUGGUAAGGAAGAUGCUGCCAACAACUACGCCCGUGGGCACUACACCAUUGGCAAGGAGAUCAUUGACCUGGUGCUGGACAGGACUCGCAAACUGGCUGAUCAGUGCACUGGGCUCCAGGGCUUCCUGAUCUUCCACAGUUUUGGUGGUGGCACCGGCUCUGGGUUCACCUCCCUCCUAAUGGAACGGCUCUCUGUCGACUACGGAAAGAAGUCAAAACUUGAGUUUGCUGUCUAUCCAGCUCCUCAAGUGUCAACUGCGGUGGUGGAGCCCUACAACUCCAUCCUUACCACCCACACCACCCUCGAGCACUCCGACUGUGCCUUUAUGGUGGACAACGAGGCCAUCUACGAUAUCUGCCGUAGAAACCUCGACAUCGAGCGCCCCACCUACACAAACCUCAACAGGCUGAUCGGGCAGAUCGUUUCCUCCAUCACUGCAUCCCUGCGUUUCGAUGGAGCCCUGAAUGUAGAUCUGACCGAGUUCCAAACCAACUUGGUCCCCUAUCCACGUAUCCACUUCCCACUGGCCACCUACGCCCCAGUGAUCUCCGCAGAGAAAGCCUACCAUGAGCAGCUCUCCGUUGCAGAAAUCACCAAUGCUUGCUUCGAGCCAGCCAAUCAGAUGGUGAAAUGUGACCCUCGUCACGGCAAGUACAUGGCUUGUUGUCUGCUGUACCGUGGAGAUGUGGUUCCCAAAGACGUCAACUCUGCCAUCGCCACCAUCAAGACCAAGCGUACCAUCCAGUUUGUGGACUGGUGUCCCACUGGAUUCAAGGUUGGCAUCAACUACCAGCCACCAACCGUGGUUCCUGGAGGAGACCUGGCUAAGGUGCAGCGAGCUGUAUGUAUGCUGAGCAACACCACAGCCAUCGCUGAAGCCUGGGCUCGUCUGGAUCACAAGUUCGACCUGAUGUACGCCAAGAGAGCUUUUGUUCAUUGGUAUGUGGGUGAAGGAAUGGAGGAGGGUGAGUUCUCAGAGGCCAGAGAAGACAUGGCUGCCCUGGAGAAGGAUUACGAAGAGGUGGGAACUGACAGCGUUGGAGAAGAGGAUGAAGAAGGAGAGGAGUAUUAAAUUGAGGGCUUGCUGACCCUUGCACAACCAAGCAAGACAACUUAUGCCCGACUUAAAAAUAUGAAAAAUGUUCUGUUAUAAACCCACAUUCCAUGAAAUAAAAAUGUUCCUUUUAUUGGGUCAACCUUACUGUGUUGCCA